AUGCUUCAAGGCGCAAGCCUUUCAUGGCGCACAGCUCUGCGCUAUACGGCCCGUUCGAGUUCGAGGAGGGUGGCGGCACGGCAGUCGUCGUCGUCGUCGUCGUCGUCGUCGUCCCGUUUUCUGCCUGCACAAUGUCAAGCCUCGUUGUUUGUGCGCCCGCCAUGUUCAUGUCCCUCGCCGCCCGCAGCUCUCUUCGCCUUCCGGACCUUCUCCACCUCACUGAGUAGAGGAAAGGAGAAAGACCCCAAGGCCAAUCCGGAGCCGCUGGAAGAAGGGCAGGAAGAGGAGGCCGAGGAGGACAAGCGGAAGGCCGAGGAGCUGGAAGCCAAGAAAAAUGCGCCUGAGCCAAUACCGUCCCGAACAGGCUCAGGGCGUGCCAGUGCCGCUGGAGGGAGCGGCUCUGGUAGCGGCGGCGGCGGCGAUGGCGGGGGCGGUGGGAAGAAGCGCAAGGCUGCCGAACGAUCGCUCGCAAAGACUUCGAUACCCGACAUCUACCCCCAGGUCAUGGCCAUUCCGCUUGUCAAACGCCCGCUGUUCCCUGGCUUCUACAAGGCCAUCACCAUCCGUGAUCGCGAGGUCGGUCAGGCGCUCGCCGAAAUGGUCAAGCGGGGCCAGCCGUACAUUGGCGCCUUCUUGUUCAAGGACGACUCGGUGGACAAGGACGUUAUCCAUGACCGCAACGAGGUCUACGACGUGGGUACCUUUUGCCAGGUCACGAGCGCCUUCCCUGUCGUGGGCAGCAACGAUGACAACUUCGCCAUGACUUGCGUUCUCUACCCACAUCGUCGCAUUCGGAUGACUGGCCUGACAGCCGCUAGGCAAGACAGCGACGAGCCUUCCUCGGCGGCCGAAAGCACCUUGGCCGACGAUGAAGCCCCAGCAGAAGGCACGGCGCAGUCCAAGGGCGACGUUGUGGCCAGCUUCGAAGAACUCAGUGACGAGGCCAAGUCGAAUCAGCAGGAGCUCGUACCCACACUCUUAAAAGGGCGCAAUGUCAGCAUAGCCAAUGUCGACAAUAUGGUGGAAGAACCCUUCGACAGUAAGACCAACAAGACCAUUCAGGCUCUCAGCAACGAGAUCGUCAGCACGUUCAAGACCCUCGCAUCCAUCAACCCGCUAUUCCGCGACCACGUUGCAACCUUCUCGGUACACACAACCACCAACAUCGGUGAAGAUCCAGUCAAGUUGGCCGACUUUGGCGCGGCCGUAGCCCAGGGCAAUUCGGACGAGUUGCAAGAUAUUCUCGAGGAGAUGGACGUUGAGCAGCGGCUAAGUAAAGCUCUGGAGAUCAUGAAGAGGGAGCUGCUACAUGCCGAGUUGCAAAAGAAGGUGUCAGACGAGGUCAACGCCCGGGUCAAUAAAAAACACCGCGAGUACGUGUUGAUGGAGCAGUUGAAAGGCAUCAAGCGUGAGCUGGGUAUUGAGUCGGACGGCAAGGACAAGCUGAUCGAGAAGUUCACGGAGAAGGCUAGCAAGCUGGCAAUGCCCGAGGCUGUACGCAAGGUUUUUGAGGAAGAAAUGAGCAAACUGCAAGGCCUUGAGCCAAACGGAUCAGAGUUCAACGUCACAAGAAAUUAUCUUGACUGGCUCACCCAACUUCCUUGGGGAUUGCGCAGCGCCGAGAACUUUGGCAUUGCCCAUGCACGCCAAGUCCUCGACGAAGACCAUCACGGCCUCAAGGAUGUCAAGGACCGGAUUCUGGAAUUCAUCGCCGUGGGCAAACUUCGCGGUACAGUCGAAGGCAAGAUUCUGUGCUUGGUGGGACCACCCGGUGUGGGUAAAACGUCGAUUGGAAAGUCGAUUGCCCGGGCUCUGAAUCGUCAAUACUACCGCUUCAGCGUCGGUGGUAUGUACGAUGUUGCUGAGAUCAAGGGUCAUCGCAGAACCUAUGUUGGUGCUCUUCCUGGUCGCAUCAUUCAAGCCUUGAAGAAGUGCCAAACUGAGAACCCGCUCAUCUUGAUUGACGAGGUUGACAAGAUUGGCCGCAACAGUAAUCACGGAGACCCUGCAUCUGCGCUUUUGGAGCUACUGGAUCCCGAGCAGAAUAACAGCUUCCUGGACCACUACCUAGACGUGCCCAUGGACCUCUCCAAGGUACUGUUUGUUUGCACUGCCAACAUGGACGAGACCAUUCCCCAGCCACUACUUGAUCGCAUGGAGGUCAUCCGACUGUCGGGUUACGUUUCAGACGAGAAGAUUGCCAUUGCCGAAAAGUACCUGUCACCUGCGGCCAAGGAAAUGAGCGGUCUGAAGGAGGCCGACGUCGUCCUUCAAGGCGACGCUAUCGUCGAACUAAUCAACAAGUACUGCAGAGAGUCGGGCGUGCGGAAUCUCAAGAAGCAUGUUGAAAAGGUCUAUCGCAAGGCUGCGCUCAAGAUUGUCAACGAUGUUGGCGAGGAGGCGCUGCCCGAGUCUGCAGCUUUGACGGAAGAGGGCAAAGCAGCACAGAGCGAGGCAGCCAAAGACAAAUCUGAUUUGAAGGAGACACCAGAGAAUAUGGAAAAGCAGACGACGGAGCAGCCUCGUGUUGCGCUAAAGGUUCCGGAUACCGUACACGUUUCCAUCACAAAGGACAAUCUAAAGGACUACGUUGGCCCACCCAUCUUCACGUCCGACCGGCUGUACGACUUCACCCCACCGGGAGUUGCCAUGGGUCUAGCAUGGACUUCUAUGGGCGGCUCAGCCCUGUACAUUGAAUGCAUCCUUCAAAACGCACUCUCUGCCUCAUCCUCGCCUGCCCUCGAGCGUACGGGCUCGUUGCGAGACGUGAUGAAAGAGUCGACUGGGGUGGCCUACUCUUUUGCCAAGAGUCUGCUCGCACACGAGUUCCCCAAGAACAAAUUCUUCGAGCACGCAAGGAUACAUCUGCAUUGCCCCGAGGGAGCGACACCCAAGGAUGGACCCAGUGCUGGUAUCACCAUGGCUACGAGCAUGCUCAGUCUGGCGCUGGACAAGAAGAUUCGAGAUGAUGUUGCCAUGACGGGCGAGCUUACCCUCACUGGCAAAGUCUUGCGGAUUGGCGGGCUACGGGAGAAGACGGUGGCUGCGAGACGGGCCGGGGCAAAGACGGUGAUUUUCCCACAUGACAAUAUGAGUGACUGGUUAGAGCUUCCCGAGCUGACGGGAAAACACCAGAACAUCAAGGAAGGCAUUGAAGGCCGUCCGGUCCAAUGGUACAAGGAAGUGUUUGACAUUGUGUUCCCCGACCUGGACAAGGAGGCAACCAACAAGAUGUGGGAGAAGGAACUCAAGGGCAACAAAAAGGACCGGAAGAAGCGGGAGCAGAAGCGCAAGGAGGAAGAUGAGGAAGAAUCGGGCGACGAUGAUUGA